AUGCUUGAUUUUCUCGGACCGCAAGUGCCAAUCAGGCUCAGCCUUUUUCGUAUACCACGUGUAUCCGGUUUAAUUUGUGGUUUCUGGCCACAACAUCAUCGCUCCUGGCUGACUGUCUUGAUGUUUUGGUUCAGUACUUCCGUGGUUGCGUUGGGUGCAUUCGGUGAAAACUUGUAUGGUUUCGUGCAUUUGGAUGACUUGUUUGCAGCACUUGAAGCGUUCUGUCCGGGCAUGACGAAGGCAAUUUGCCUUUUGAAAAUGUUGUUAUUUUUCAUUUAUUACAAGGACUGGUCAGCUAUUGUGCAACGUUUGAAGCAUAUGCUUAUGGAAGAUAAAAAUACUGAAAAAUUGAAAAUUGUGGAGAAAUUAGCUUCGAUUGCUAGUAUUUUCAGUUUCAUUUUGUUGACUUCCGGCUCAACUACAAAUGCCUUCUUCAACAUCGUACCUUUGAUUAAAAAUUUGUACAGAUAUUCGCAAGGAUUGGAAGUACAAGCUGUGCUGCCUUUCAAUAUUGUCUUGCCGGAUAUAUUCGUAGAUUACCCGCUAUAUCCGCUAACUUAUUGCAUACUCGCACUAUCGGGCGCUAUGACAGUGUUCACAUUCAGUGCCGUUGAUGGAUUUUUCGUGUGCGCUUGCAUGUACUCGUGCGGUCUAUUCCGCAUGCUGCAACACGACAUACGCCAAAUUUUCGCCGAAUUGCAGAAAUAUGAACAAGCAAGUUCUGCACAGAACUCCAGAAUUCGUUCCGAACUCGCGAAGGCGGUGCGGCGACACAACGCGAUUAUCGAUUUAUGCUCGGAUUUUACAGCGCAAUUCACGCUGAUUAUUUUAAUGCAUUUCCUAUCUGCUGCGCUGGUUGUAUGCUCGAGUAUUCUGGACUUGAUGCUGUGCAUAGGCGGCAAUUAUGUGAGCGAAAGUAGCCUGGAGGUAGCUAACACGGUGUACGACAUUGCAUGGUACAAAUGCGACGUGGAAACUAGAAAAAUGAUUUUAAUGAUAUUGCGACGCUCACAAAAGGCGAAGACAAUUGCGGUGCCAUUUUUUACGCCAUCGCUGUCGGCAUUCAGUUCGAUAAUAAGCACAGCUGGUUCAUAUAUCACACUAUUAAAGACAUUUUUGUGA